AGAUAACCGGUCAUGGAGAGGCAUAGUCGUCGUAUUUGGUCUUGAAGUUUUACCUUUCGGACAUCAAUUUCGGAAAUGACUUCAAAAAUAUUGAAUAUUUUAUGCAAAACAACGUGGAUGAGCAGCUUCAUCUUAUUAACGAUGUCGAAAGCAGUGCUGUGGAGAGGUUUAUCAGACGAUGUUUUGUUCGAAUGUAACUUCUCGCAGGACAGCUGUCGAAUGGAAAAUCAAGAAGUGACUGAAGCUCAAUGGCAGCGCACUUUUCUCAACGAGGGAGGCAUCAGUGGAUAUGCACUCGUGGUGCGUGGAAACGAGGCUCAAAAUCACAUCGCCAGAAUUCUAACUCCGAAUUUGAGUACUUUGGGGUUGAGAGAAGGCUGCCUCAGUUUCCGAUACUAUCUCGAAGGCAUGAAACCGGUGUCGUUGUCUGUCAUCAAGCAAGGAUAUGUCACGCAGUACGUGUUUUCGACAGCAUACAAGACAGAAGGACACUGGAAACAGGCCGCAGUGGACGUACAAUUCCUAGGCGAUUAUGCAAUGUUCUAUUUCGAAGCUGACACACAAGUUCAAGAUUUCGAUGACAGUCUUGUUGCCAUCUCAGAUAUUAAAAUAACUUCACAGACCUGUGUUGAAAUGAAACAAAGAAGUGAAUGACAGGAAAGUAUACACAAAGAAUUCUGGGAAGACACAUAGUCAUUUAUAGUAAAGUGAUGUUCCCAUAGGGUAUACUGGUAUGCUCCAUAUACGCCGUAUACUCUCAAACUUUUUUUAAACAGAUAGCGUUAUACCUUCAAGGUUCAAAAACUUUAUGACAUAUUAUGUAUAUGAUUGCAUACACUUAUUGUGCCUAGAGAAUUACUGGAAGUAUACCCUCAGAAAAAUUGAUGGGAACAUCACCGAUAGUAAAUAAACAAAUAACUACUCUAUCUAGUCUAAUAUGCAAACCGAGAUAUUGCUUGAAAUAAUGUAAUACAUACUGAACUUGUAAAAACCUCUUAAUAAACAACAGUCCACCAGAUAAUUUAAUAAAAGUGUGCUUUCUUGAUGUCUUAA